CACAUUGCCCAUGUGUUCGUUGUACAUAUCAAAUGUGUCAAAAAGUUCCCCAUUCUGACGACGUCUGCUUUUCAACAGGAGCCUGCUGGCACCCGUACGGAAAUUUGAGCCAUUGUCGCGGUUUCGUGAUCGGUUGAGUAUUUGCGAGUGUUGUGAUCGACUGACGGGAGGAAGGACUACGCAGAAAGCACGGAAAUGUCGUUCGCCGAGAAAAUAGCCGGGCUGAUGGCUCGACCGAACCAGGACGCAAUCCCGCGCGACGACGUGCCCUGGUACCUGAAGUAUGCUGGACGGGGGCUGGGCAUCGUUGGCGCCUUCUUUGCUAUUUUGUUCGGCCUGUAUAAUUGUUUAGGUAUUAUCACACUCAACUAUACUUGCCUUAUAUCAGGGAUUCUACAAAUGCUAGCCGGCUUUGUGGUAAUGGCGAUAGAGGCGCCGUGCUGUUGUAUGUUUAUAGAUUACGUUCAACAAUUAGCUGAUAAAGCUGACCAGAGACCAUAUUGGAAUCGGGCAGCACUGUACUGUAUAAUUGCUAUCCCACCGAUUUUGCUAUGUUUCGGACUGGGAAGUCUUUUCGGCUCCGGUUUGAUUUUUGCUACCGGCGCAGUCUACGGAAUGAUGGCGAUAGGGAAAAAAGCAACCGCCGAGGAAAUGCGUAAUGCAGCCGUUCAAUCUGGUUUCACCGGCACUCCAACAACUAAUGAUCGUGCGAGCAUUGUAAAUAAUGCGCAACCGUUUUCAUUUACAGGCGCUGUAGCGACCGAUAGCAAUGUGUGAUAGUUUUAUAAAACAACAUAUAAUAAACACAACAAUAUAAACGUGUAAUGGAUGUAAAAUAGUAACAACAAAUCAAGGACUAACAAUUUUUCAAUAGUGUAAACGACGAAUACAAAAAGACAUUGGUUUAAUAAGGAAAGGGAAAAGCAAACAGGAGCGGCCACGGAAUCGGGUGAAAAAUAUAUACGAGUAUUUCCUAUUCCUCUUAGACCCUGUACUAUUUUUAAAUCCCCGUGACUUUUUUUAUGAAUCAUUUCACUGUUUUAUUUCGGCAGUAACAAGUUGAAACGGAAACAUGAGAAAAUAGAACUACGCAAUACAAAUUUAGACAAUUUAGAUAACAAAAGAAAUAACACACUUAGGGAGACAUAAAACUAACAAUACAGAGAAUUAGUGGAAACCUAUAGAUAAUAGAGGAAGAAAAGAGAAUACAUAUAUAUAUUGCUAUAUAUUCAGAAACUUAUCUAUAUAUAAAACAGAAACAAAUGAAAUAUAAAAGAUGAAAGAGAUUGCUAUAGAAAUAUAUCUUAGACAUUGAGGAUUAUAAAUAUGCCAUUAUCUUCACAGUUUAGUGUGAGAAUAUUUAAUUGACUCUAAACAGAUAAAACCAUUUAGAACGGAAUUCAACGUACAUAACUCAUCCAAACUGCAUGUCAUUGACUGUUGUUGAUUGGAUAGAAAAGAAAACGAAAGAAUUCUUAAUAUUGACACAACGCAAUGGAAAAUCAUUCUUCUUUUGGCUGAGACUUAAAUUAACUAAUAUUAUGUAAUGAUAAAUUAAUAAUGAAGAUAUUUAGCAAAAUAUUAUUCCAUACUGUAUGUUAGAGUUUUAGAAUAUUAUCCAUUUUGUGGAAUUUGAUUGAAACACGAGGAAAGAGAUCGGAACAGAGAAGAAAGAAUGAGUUGGCAAAACAUGUUUGCAAUUCACGUUUUGACUAAUGUUCCGGCCUGGACCUCUGUAUGCAAAUAAUAUUGAAUGAUGAUGUUAUAACUGAUAGCGUUUAAGUUGAAUAAUUUAUUUUAUAUUUACAUUAUUGUAUUGUAAUUUAUGUAAUAAUAACGACGAUAUUGAUAAUGCGAUAAAAUAUU